AUGUCAGCUCAGUCUCUUCCUGCAGCAACACCCCCUACCCAGAAGCCCCCUCGGAUCAUCCGGCCCCGCCCCCCUUCUCGCCCCCGGGCUGCCCAGUCCCCGGGGGCGCACCACAACGGCUCCUCUCCACAAGAAUUUCCCCUCACUGCCAAUGAGGCACCAACCCUGAUGUGCACCCCCAUCUUCUGGGAGCCCCCAGCCUCGUCCCUCAAGCCCCCAGCCCUUCUGCCCCCGUCAGCUUCUAAAGCCAGCCUCGACUCCCAGACUUCCCCAGACUCGCCUUCCGGCACCCCCAGCCCAGCGUCCCGGCGCUCCAUCUCCCCAGAACCUGCUCCCCGGUCUCCAGUGCCCCCACCCAAACCCUCCGGGUCACCCCGAACACCUUUGCCCCUGCUCCACUCGACCCGGGCCCCUGGCCAGGAUGGCUCUGCCUCGGCCACAGGCACCGUGCGGAGACUGGCUGGCAGGUUCGAAUGGGGGGCUGAAGGCAGGGUCCAGGCUCCAGAUGCCCUGGAGCCGGGUCCUCCCGGGGGACUGGAUGUGAAUGGGGAGAGAGAGACCGCCCAGGGCAUCCUCGCUGGGAAUGGGUCCCAGGAGAACGGCACUCCAGAUGCUGCGCUGGCCUGCCCUCCCUGCUGCCCUUGUGUCUGCCACGUAGCCCGGCCCGGCCUGGAGCUCCGAUGGGUGCCACUGGGGGGCUAUGAGGACGGCCCCAGGGCACCCUGCCGGGCCUCCCCGCUGCGGACCUCCCGCUCCCGCCCCAGCCCUCCAAGCCUCAGCCAGCCCCCAGUCGUCCUCACGUCCUACCGCUCCACUGCUGAGCGCAAACUCCUGCCACCCCUCAAGCCCCCCAAACCAACUCGGGUCAGACAGGACGUCACCAGCUCUGGGGACGCCCCACAGGCAGAUCUCGAUCUGCCCUCCGAAGAUGGAAUCCAAACAGGGGACAGUCCCGAUGGCGCCCCUCAGAACGAUCCUCCAGCCACCGCGGAGGGCAGGGAGGAUGAGGAGCUGGAGGAGCUGAAGGGGCAGAACUGGGAGCUGCCCCUGCAGGACGAACCCCUGUACCAGACCUAUCGCGCAGCCGUGCUGUCAGAGGAGCUGUGGGGGGUCAGUGAGGACGGAGGACCCUCUUCAGCAAAUCCUGGGGAAGCUCCCCCCUUCGCCCGGCCCCCCGGACCUCGCAACACGCUGUGGCAGGAGCUUCCGGCUGUGCGAGCCAGCGGCCUCCUGGACACCCUCAGCCCCCAGGAGAGGCGCAUGCAGGAGAGCCUGUUCGAGGUGGUGACAUCCGAGGCCUCGUACCUGCGCUCCCUGCGGCUGCUGACCGACACCUUUGUGCUGAGCCAGGCGCUCCGGGACACGCUCACCCCCCGGGAUCACCACACCCUCUUCUCCAACGUGCAGCGCGUCCAGGGAGUCAGUGAGCGGUUUCUAGGGAAGUUACUGUCCCGUGUGCGCUCUUCCCCCCACAUCAGCGACCUGUGCGACGUGGUGCACGCCCACGCCGUGGGGCCUUUCUCCGUGUACGUGGAUUACGUCCGGAACCAGCAGUAUCAGGAGGAGACGUACAGCCGCCUGAUGGACACGAACGUGCGCUUCUCCGCGGAGCUGCGGCGGCUGCAGAGCCUCCCCAAGUGCCAGCGGCUCCCGCUGCCGUCCUUCCUGCUGCUGCCCUUUCAGCGCAUCACGCGGCUCCGCAUGCUGCUGCAGAAUAUCCUGCGCCAGACAGAGGAGGGGUCCAGCCGCCAGGAGAAUGCCCAGAAGGCUCUGGGUGCUGUCAGCAAGAUCAUUGAGCGGUGCAGCGCCGAGGUGGGGCGCAUGAAGCAGACAGAGGAGCUGAUCCGGCUCACGCAGAGGCUGCGCUUCCACAAAGUCAAGGCCCUACCCCUGGUCUCCUGGUCCAGGCGCCUGGAGUUGCAGGGGGAGCUGACGGAGUUAGGAUGCAGAAGGGGGGGUGUGCUCUUCGCCUCCCGCCCCCGCUUCACCCCCCUCUGCCUGCUGCUCUUCAGUGACCUGCUGCUCAUCACUCAGCCCAAGAGCGGUCAGCGGCUACAGGUUCUGGACUAUGCCCAUCGCUCCCUGGUCCAGGCCCAGCAGGUCCCGGACCCAUCUGGACCACCUACGUUCCGCCUCUCCCUUCUCAGCAACCACCAGGGCCGUCCCACCCACCGGCUACUCCAAGCUUCAUCCCUAUCAGACAUGCAGCGCUGGCUGGGAGCCUUCCCUACCCCAGGCCCCCUUCCCUGCUCCCCGGGCACCAUCUAUGAGGACUGUGACUGUUCCCAGGAACUCUGUUCAGAGACUUCCACACCUGCCAAGACUGAGGGACGGAAUCUGGAGUCCAGGGCUCCCCUCAAGCACCUACACAAGAGUCCCGAAGGCUGGCUGAAGGGGCUUCCUGGGGCCUUCCCUGCCCAGCUGGUGUGUGAAGUCACGGGAGAACAUGAAAGGAGGAAGCACCUUCGUCAGCACCAGAGGCUCCUGGAGGCUGUUGGGCCCUCUUCAGGCUCCCCCAGUGCCCCCCAACCCUAA